GACACCGCCUACGUGGGUAAGCCAUACAACGUUUGCCCACUCGACAAGAUUUGUGGCGGCAUCACCUCCUCGAAAGAUUUUGAAACGCUCACCAGCCAUAUACGUCACACAGUUGCUGUGGCUGCUGUUCUGGAUGAAGCUUGGCCUGGCACCGGUGAAGUGUAUCCCAUGCUGCGCGUGACCUUGCUACACAAAUCUGACGGUGCAGCGGCUCCCGAAACUACGCAGGGCAGCAAUGGCUUAAGGGUCUCCUGUAUCAAUGGUGGUUGGGCUUUGCCAUGCAACCUUCAUGUUAAGACUGUGAAAUACUCACAGAGCUUUCAAAUUGCUUGGGGUCCAGAGCGACAUGGCAUGCGAGGAAUAAAUCCUUUAUCUUUGCAAAGCGCGGUUGUAAGCGUCCCUCCUGGCCAGCACCUAGAAAACUUCAGCGACACUGGGGUGAUUGCAAAAAUGCCUCCACCGGCAGGAAAUCCCAUCACUAUGGUUAUCAUUGGAGACUCUUGCAACGGGAACAUGAAGGGCUUCGGCCAGUGCAACUUUAGAGCGUUCUACGGAGUGAAUCUCACGCUGCC